AGAUAUUUAUUUGUAAUGUUCUUAUACUAAUAAGAAUUACUCCCUUGAGGCGCGAGAAAAUGGCCGCCACCAUGGUUAGAAGGCUAUGUAAUAAAUGGAAUUACAUAUUUUUGAAUUUCAAACAAUUAAACAAUGGGCAUCAGCAGACAUUGAUUAACCAAGUAAGACUUCUCUCUCUAGAAUCCAAUCACAAUGGGCAGUCUAAAGAGGGUGCUCCUCCUCUGCCUAACCUUCAGAAGCCCAAGUUUCCAUCCAAUGUUUUCUUUAUGUAUCUAAGCCAAGUAGCCCCAGAUAUGCAAAAGAAAAACCCAGGUAUACAAAGGAAAGAACUUAUCAGUAAAAUUGCUAAAAUGUGGAAAGAACUUGACCCUGAAGUAAAAUCUCAACUGUCAAUACAAAGAAAGGAAAUGUUGGAAAAAUACAAACAAGAUAUGAAAACGUUUCUAGAAAACAUAACCCCAGAUCAAAUUUCUCAACUGGAAACAAAGAAAUUAAAGAAUACAGCUAGGAAAAAGAAACUGGAGAGGAAAUCAUUAGGUCAUCCAAAAAAGCCUGUUGGUGCAUUCGGAAAUUUUGUCCGUGAGAAAUUUUCAGAGCGUACAGAUGAACCAGUAGCACAAUUCUUUAAACACAUCUCAGACCAGUGGCAUACAAUGAGUGAUAAAGAAAAGGAACCAUAUGUGAUAAAAGCCGAAGAAGGAAAAGCCAGUUACAAAGAGCAAAUUAAAAAUUGGGAAAAGGAGAUGAUGUCAUUAGGGAGAUUUGAUCUCGUUAGGAAGGGCUCAUUGGUGGAGCUUACUCAGCCCAAGACCAGAAAAAAUACCAGACGAAACAAACCAACAAUUGAAGAAGAUGAGAAAAAAUGAGAAGUGAAUCAUUUGUUAUACUCCAGUGAUUCUAAGCAUUGUUAUGAAAUGCCCAAAUGCCUCAAAUUUAUCUGCUUGAAAUCAUGGUACAAAAUAGUUUGUGAAGUGUGUCUUGUUUUGUUAACUGAGGUUGAUGACCAUUUCAAAUAACAUUGAACCAGAUUCCAUCACUUCAAAUGCUGAAUACCUUUUUUGUAUUAAUGUACCCCAGUCAUAAUGUGUACUCUUACAUUUGUGCUUGUUAUUGUGUUUCAAGCCAUAUCUGUAACAGCACAUUGAAAGAUCAGAUGUAUAUAUUUAUAUAUAGAUGUAGUAUUACCUUUAUCAUCAUUUUGCUUUGAUGCAUUUAUCACCUCUUUAACAUAAUGCAUGUGUAGAUUUAAAUAUGAUCUGUGAGCGGGCAUGUUUGAAUUGGUUUAGAUUUGAGUCCUAGUUAGACUGAGUGAAUCAUUUUAUUUGAAAUAAUAAACAGAGCUUUAUCAUCA